GAGGAGCGGUGCGGAGCGGUGGAGCAGUCCUUAUUGUUCUCCUGCAUGUUUUGUUGGUUCACUUUAUCCACUCCCAUGUUUUUUUUAUUUUUUUUUUACUACUCAAGUUGUCUGGGCUGCUCACUUAAACAUCCAGUCCUGUUGUGAGGUAAAGUGACAUGACAUGAGGAGACAGGCAGAGAUGGGUACGUGUUUCAGACGGAGCUUCUUCACCGUGGAGACUUGUGGGGGGAUGAAAAGUCAAAAUGCGCUCAGAGCAGACAGGAGCGGCGUAACGGAGGAGGACUGAGCAGACACCGGCCGGUCUGCGGACACUGUGUGCACACAGACACAGAGACAGACAGACAGACAGACAGACAGAGACAGAGCUGCGGGGAGGACGAGUCUUCACCUUUCAGCUCCAACACCGGGGCUUUGCGUAAAAAAAAGUUUGGGCAGCUGCCGAGCCAGUGAAGACAUCAUGGUUGUGUCGGUGCGGAGCUGGGUCGCCAACGAGGGAGGGAAGCACUUAAUCCUGAUGCUGUGGCUGGGAGUGAAUACCUGGCUGUUCAUCAAGACCUACCUGAUGUACUCCACUGGACAGCAGUAUCACUACCUCUACAAGAUGCUCGGGCUGGGGCUGUGCAUCAGCAGGGCGUCAGCGUCUGUACUGAACCUGAACUGCAGCUUGGUCUUGUUGCCCAUGUGUCGCUCCCUGCUCACCUUUGUCCGAGGAACCCACACGGUAUCGAGCAGAAAGACUCGCAGACUGUUGGACAAGAGCAAGACCUUUCAUGUGGCCUGUGGAGUUGCCAUCUGCAUCUUCUCUGUUGUGCAUGUGUCUGCCCACCUGGUGAAUGUCGUAAACUUCAGUGUAAGCUACUCAGACGACUUUCCCGCUCUCAAUUUGGCUCGCUACAGAGGAGAGGACCCCAAACUGAUCAUUUUGACCACAAUCCCAGGGGUCACAGGCGUCCUGUUGGUUCUCAUCCUCUUCCUGAUGUUCACAUCCUCCUCCCACUGCGUACGAGUGUCCAACUAUGAAAUCUUCUGGUACACGCACAACCUCUUCAUUAUCUUCUACAUCAUCCUGAUGGUGCACAUGGUCGGAGGAGCUUUGAAGUAUCAGACCAACAUAGAGACCCACCCUCCUGGCUGCCUCAGAGCCAAUCAGAGCGGCACAGAGCAGCAGGGUGAGGAGCUGGAGCAGGGUGAGGAUGAAGAGAGGAGAUGCAGAGAGGAGGCUCAUUUCCAACCACAUUACCCCCAGACAUGGCUUUGGGUGUCCGGUCCUCUCUGUCUUUACUGCGCUGAGCGUUUCUACCGCUACAUCCGGAGCUGUGACCCUGUUACCAUAGUGACAGUCAUCAGGCACCCGUGUAAUGUCAUCGAGUUGCGCAUGCUGAAGAAGAACUUCAAAGCUCGUCCUGGACAGUAUAUUGUUCUAAACUGUCCAGGUGUCUCUUCAUUUGAGAACCACCCCUUCACGCUAACAACGUGUCCCACACAGAACAAGGAAACCUUUGGCAUCCAUCUUCGAGUCGUGGGAGACUGGACUGACCGCUUCACGCAGCUGUUACUUCCUGAACCAAGGACAGACUUGGAGAUCCUUCCCAUGGUGCAACAGAGGAGAUACCCCAAGCUUUAUGUGGACGGUCCCUUUGGAAGUCCAUCAGAGGAAGUGUUUAACUAUGACGUCAGUGUUUGUGUUGCGGGUGGAAUAGGAGUCACGCCAUUUGCCUGCAUUCUGCAUGCUCUGCUUGACGGCUGGACGGGUUUCAGGUUGCAGAGGUUGUAUUUUGUGUGGGUCUGCAGGGAGCUCCAGUCCUUCUACUGGUUUGCUGAGCUGCUGUGUGCCGUGCAUCACAAGCUUUGGCAGGAAAACAGACCGGACUACUUUAACCUGAAACUGUACGUCAGCAACACAGACAGCCUGCAGAGCAUGUCUGAGGAGAAGUACCAACCACUCACCUCCAGGCUGCUAGUUGGUCGACCCAGGUGGAAGUUACUGUUUGAUGAGAUUGGGAAGACCAAUAAGCAUAAACGAGUCGGGGUUUUCUGCUGUGGACCAAAGGGGAUCUCCAGGACUCUCCACAGACUGUGUAACUCAACCCGGUCCUCUGGAACAACCUUUGAAUUCAACAAGGAGUCCUUCAGUUGAUCCAACUUUGGGUCAGAUGGAUUUUCAUACGUUUAGGGGCAAAUGGUCUGCAUUUAAAGUAAAUUUCGGAACAUCAUGGAAACGGACCAAAAGAACUUGAAUAUUCACAGGCCAUAUCACUUUUUCAUAUGCAUCCUUACCCAUGGUCACAAAAAGCCCAGCAGGAUAAGACUUUAACAUACAGGAGGCCUCCAACAGACCAGCCUGACCCCAAACUGAAGGCCCUAGGAGGUUCAGCUUCAGCAUCUGAUCCAGUGAAACACAGAGAAGAACUAAAGACAUCAUCUCACUGCUCGGAUCCUCCAAUCAUGCUGCUCUGUUCAGUCACUGUUGGACUUUUCCCUGACAAAUGCCUCUGUGGAGUGAAUUUGUUUUCUCAUUGUUGGAGGGUAAUGUGAGAAACGUAUUGUGCAAACACAACACAAGAUAAUGUUUCCGAAGGGGAAAUUCAUUUUCCAAUGCAACAGGACUGAAACAUCAUGCAGAGACCAGAGAAACAAAGAAACGGUUGAAUUAAAUAAUCAGAGAGGUGAAGCCACAUCAGCAAACCAAGUGGCAACCAAACUUCAUUUAAACUUUACUUGACACCAAACGGGUUCCCAUCCACUUCUACUGACCAAAAUGAUUAGGUUACAGAGAGCCCUGUCCCGACUCAGUACCACUUCAGGCUUUUGUUCCACUAGCUUUUUUAUCCAUAUAUAUAAUAAAUAUCUUUUUACUGUACAGGACAUUAAAAAUGUAGCACCUUGUCAUUUUAACUGUGAUAAAAAAAACAUUUGUUAGCAUUAAGAAAUACAGCAUGUAGGAUUGAAGUCACAAUCCCACUUGAGCCUAAGUGUUUUAUCUUGAUUCAAAUUACAUUUCUCUUACAGAAGUACAUCUAUCUAUUGAUCUUAGAUGGAUAGAAACCUGUAAAAGGGGACGGGACUUUAGCUUUCUAGCACUGGGCUUGUAUGUCCCACUCAUGGAAGCAGGAUUAGAGUCCCACCACUACUUUAAACACUUCCUGUAUUUGAGUUUGGAGACAGAACUAAGUAUCUGAUUGGUCUGUGAGACUGUCAGAGUCUUAGGUGAGUUGCUUUCAACAGAAGGAAGGAGUGAAACUAAAAUGGACACUUGAUUCAGUCUUUUAAUUUUGUUGUUUGACUAUCUCCCUAUUUUUUUUUAUAUCCAAAGCAAACCUACAUUACACCUCAAGCCAGUAUUUUGUAGUUAGCUGUUUUUUCAAUUUAUUUAUAUUGUUGAAAGUUUUUUCAUGUUUUGUGAAAGACUUCUGCAGGGCUUUGGCAAUUCAUUCAUUUUAAAUCAUCUCCAGAAAGUAAAGUUAUUGAUAAAAAAGAAUUAGCAUACAGGUGAAACUGCAAUUGAUAACAAUUGAUUUUUAAGUUUGACGCUACAUUUUUAGUAGUUUGUUAUGUUUGGGAGUCAGCUAUUAUUUGAAAAAUGACAAAACUCAACUUUCUGCAAAGAAUCAACAUUUCUGAUUUUGUGACUGAAACAAUCUUUUCUCUCAAAAUUGUAAUUAGCAAUUUAGCAUUUGAAAUUUAAAUAUAUUUAAAUGUUAAAACAAGACACAGUCUGAAAUAAAAGAGAUUUUCUAUUUAUUAUAGUGUGA